AUGGGCGGCUUCAUUGGGGUUGCUGAGAUCCUGGUCGCUCACGGUGAUGACUAUCGUAGAUCAGGAUCGCCAGUUGGUGGCUACACAGCACUGGAAGCUGCAGCAGAGUGUGGGCGCAUUGAUGCUGUCAGCUGGCUCAUAGGUAAGGUUCACAUUGCUAUCGCCGAGCUUUUGCAGGCAGCCCUUGAACCAGAAGAUCCGUAUACUAUCCUUGAGCCCGAGCAAGGUCCACUGCUCCUCUUUACUGCCAGCCAGAAUGGCCAGUCUGGAGUCGAACAGAUACUUCAUUACAACCCUAUGGCGGCGACUGCAGUGCAGCACACCGGGGCUGUGGAGAAGGGAUAA